AUGAAGUCGAUUUUUGGCUGGGUGCUCCUGGCAUCCACAUAUGGUGUUGCCUUCUCCGAGUUUGUUACCAAGAAGAAUGGUCUUCAAGUCGAUGUUUACCACCAACCGCCUGCAGGUGUUGUCUACCAGAACUCAACUGAUUCUUCUUUCUCACCGACUGCCUUCACCUUGAUCCACGGCGAACACGAUGCAAUUCUUGUCGAUUCUCCAGCAACGAUAGCUCAAGGUAAGGCCCUCGCACAGUGGAUCAAUCAAACGAUCCCUGGCAAGCAACUGAAAACGGUGUACAUCACACAUGGACACGGUGACCACUUCUUCACAGGACACAUCAUCCAACAGAGCUACCCCGGAGCCCAAGUGGUAGCGAAGAAAGACGUAUAUGACCAUAUGUUGCAACAAUAUGAGCCUGCUGUCUUCAAAAGUGUUUGGGCUUCAUUGUUUCCGGGAGGACAAGUUACCGAUACUCCAUUAGCUGCCAAAGUGUUGUCGCAAAAUGGGACAUUUCAUCUCGAAGGGCAUGUACUUCAAGCAGUCGAGGUUGGUCAAAGUGAUACUUACAACACUACUGCUUUACAUGUUCCGGACCUUGACCUCGUGGUUGGAGGAGAUGUGAUAUAUGGCCAUUGCCAUCAGCUGUUCGCAGAAGACUCAAGUCAUGAAUUGCGGCAGAAAUGGCUGAUCAGUCUGGAUGAAGCAGCUGCAUUGAAUCCGAAAGUCGUCGUCCCCUCUCAUAUGCAAGCUCAUGAUAGAUAUCAACCAAGCCACAUCAACGAAACGAAGCGGCAUAUACACUUCUGGGAACAACUCCUCGCCAAUUCGAGCAGCUGGCAAGAAUUGGAAGCCAAGGUGAAGAAGGCUUUUCCACUCCGCACUGGCAACUUUGUCCCUCGCUGGAGUUCACAGGCACCGUUCAGCGCGGCAUUUUAA